AUGUCAGACUCGCUUAUCACGCACGCAGACAGUUUCGUGGGAACAGGUGAGGAGGCAACGUCAGUGCAAUUGAGCAAACCAUUCAGCAGAGAAGAAACAAAGAUGGAAUACCGUCAUGCCGGACGCAGCGACGUCUCCAAGGAAGCGGACAUUGCAGCCCCAAUGACGAAUCCCCAACAGUACAGAAGAGACAACAUUAAAUAUGCGCACUAUGGAAUACAACUCCAAUCUAGAGGCUUUACUCCCAGCAUUAUACCAACCGCUGGUCCGUGUGAGGUGCUGGACGCUGGUGUCAGCAGUGAGGAGUACUUCAUGGACCACCAACAGCGUGGUGUAGCACUCAUCUUCAGCCACAAGAACUUCGACGUUCGCCAACAUCCGGAUGGGGAUUACCAGCCAACUGCAAGAGAGGGCACAGACGCCGACAGAGACGCACUUCGCCUCACAUUUGUAAUGCUCGGCUUCGAAGUACUCUGCUUCAACGAUAGGAGUCAUGAGGAAAUAACCAGUGAACUCAGACAUGUGGCGGAGCAGAACCACGACAGUCGCGACUGCGUUGCAGUGGCGGUGCUGUCCCACUGCGGGAGGGACGGGCAGCUGAGCGCCAGAGACCGCGAGUACCACGUCAGCGAGCUGUGGCAGCCGUUCACUCCCGGGCGCUGCCCGAGCCUCGACGGGAAACCCAAGCUCUUCUUCAUACAGGCAAGUAGAGGACGGGGCCUUGAUCUCGGCGUGAACAUCAGCAACAGCAUUAGCGACGCCCCGGACGCGGGCCACGGUUCUUACGCCGACAUACUAGUCUCGUACUCUGCAUUUGAAGGUGUCACAGCCGCCGGUGAAACACAAAAUGCCUCGCGGUUUGUGCAGACUCUGCACGACGAAUUGGUAGCCCAUAGGAGAGGCAAAGACCUGGUGUCGUUGCUCACAGACGUGAACCGCACCGUGGCUCAGCAAGUACGCUUACGCACCGACAGGGAGCAUCUGUUGCAUGGCGGGCUGCUUCAGCCCUGCUUCACCUCAACCUUGACGCGCCGUGUCUACUUCCGCUAGAUGAAUCCACUGCACUCACCAGGCCACCGGCAGUGGCGCUUUCCUUGUCACUGCCGCGCGCCGGCAACAACGCAUCCACUGCAGCCCCGGAAGCUUUGACUGCUCAGUCUUGUCCAACGGUUGCAGUCUUCCUCUACUCAAUGUUCCUGUAGUGGAACAGAUUGCCCCGUUGCUCAUCACAGUUUAAAUAAUGUACCGUGAAUCAUUUAGAAGACAUAAUAAUGUACCAUUAAUUUGCCUGUAGUAUUUAAAAACGGUUGCAUUCCCAUUUUAUACAAAUACAUACACUGAGAUAUUAAAGGUAAAAAUUACCAGGGGCGUUCAGUAAGUAAUGCCAAACUUUUUUUCUCUGAAAGCAGGUUGGUUUCGUUCAUGAUUCAAGUACGCCAUAUUAUUCCCCACUCUUUUGGCUGCAAAACUUACUUUUCAAUAUAAUCGCAGUUCAAUGUGACGACCUUACGUGACCCUACUUGGAGGGCUUGCAUGCCCACAUGAUACUACUCAACUGGACGUCAGAGCCAGCAUCAAUAACCUCCCAAUCGCCUAAGUACUGCCUCCCAUGGAGUGCAGCCUCCAAUGGGCCACAUAGAUGGAAUUCGGAAGGUGCGAGUCCAGGCUGUAACUGAGCAGUCCAACUGGUAGGCGAAUGUGUCAGCACCACCAAAAGAGACGUCCAGUUAAGCAGCAUUUUCGAUUGUAAUCUGUCGAACACCUCGAAUGAGAGUGUCCACACGUUCCAACAUUGCAGCAGUCACAGCUGUGUGUGGCAGGCCACCCUGUGUGACAUCAGACAGGUUUUUGUGACCAUGUUGCGGUGAUGCAGACGCCUAGCUCAACGAAUCAGGUGCUUUUGUUCACUGCUGGGUCUCCAUAGACAUUCUGCAAGCGCCUAUGAAUAUCUGCGAUGCUCUAGUUUUCCUCCAACAGAAACACAACGACAGCUUUCUGCCUUGGAAUGGACCUCCGAUACUGACGCUAUUUUGAAGGCUACAUAUAGCGCUACCACCUAUCAGAACUUCAUGAAGCUAUAGAGGCUGAAGCAGUAUUGUUCCACGAUGUUCCACAAGAAAUUCCACAUUUUUCACCCGAAAUUGGGCGAGCCAAAAAUAUUUUCGAUUGCUUGCUGAGCGCCCAUAAUAUUAAUAACAAAAUGGAACAUUAGGAGACCAUCAGAUUCCUCAUGGAUAGUGCUCUUAUUACUGAAAAAAGAAAUCACAAAUUUGUCGUCGAAUUGAAGGUUGGGGAAGACCACCACUUUAUUAUGGGAUUUGGUUGUACAGUCUAGGUAUCUUGGUUUUGUUUGAAACAUAUUUUCAGUUCACAGUACAGGGAUGCACAUUCAGUGAAACCCAACUUUACGUAUCUCCAAUUGGAAACUAUCACGAUGCACUUGCGGAUAAAGUUAUGAGAUAUGAAACAGCCCUAUUUCCUUUCUCAAGUCUUCAUGGAUAAUAAUAUGCACAAUAUUUGUUUCAUUUAACAAAUGUAGCAUGGAUCUACUGUAUGUAAUAAAAUCCUUGCUGAUAUUCUUGGCUUAUUAUAUACUCUUGCUGGGACAUGUGCUAGAAUUAGUAUGAGAGAAUAUAUCAGUUAACAACACCUACAUUUAUUCCAGUGCAGUAUUCUGAUAUUCUGUGAAUGUCCUGCAAAAACAGACUAACAAAUCUCUACACGCUUAAUGUAAGUUAUAACAUAGAUAUUAUCGUGUCUCUUUAUCUAUUGAUGGUGUUUCAUGUAUAAAAAUCAGUACAUCAUUCUGUGAUUUGAUGUUUCCCACUGGUAAUUCCUCCCACUACCUGUAACAUGAUUUUGUUACUAUCUCAAAUACACCAAAUCUUGGCUUGUCAGCAGUGAAGGCAUUAUGUUUUAGUCUUUAAUUUUACAAUAUUUUAGAGCAUUAGCAAUCAAGUCAGUAAACUUUAAAUUGAAAUGUCUUCUGAUUAGAUAUGAAACUUUGAAAAGCAGAUUCUUUAAAUGACAGGGACACCAGUAGAAGGUAACUGUGAGUUUCAUACUUAAAUCAUAUCUUUCCCAUAUUAAUUACAAAUAUGUCAUUUGUUGUAAUAAAAUAAAAUAAUGCAGAGUUUAUGGCAUUAGAUUAACAUUCGAAAGGCACAGGGUUCAGCGCCCUAUACAGAAUUAAGUUUUCUGAGAGGUCUCUAAGCAGCUUAAGUGAAAUUCUAGAAACUUCUUUUGAGUGUUACUGCUGGUUUUUUCUUGUCUUUGUCCAACUUAACCUUGUUCUCCAUAAAGAAUCACAAUUUGAUACAGUUAUUUUAAUAUAAAAAUCUUCCUGUUUUAUUGACAGACAGCUGAAUCACUGAAAAAUUAUUUCCUUAUUGUUAAACAGGAAUGUAAUGUUAUAUCCUUAUAUAUUUUAAAUAUUUGUUUAUGUUUUAUUAAGAGUAUCUUUAAUGGU